UCCUCCUCCUCCUCCCCCCCCUCGCCAUGAUCUGCCUCGUCCUCACCAUCUUUGCCAACAUCUUCCCCGCCGGCGGGAGCGGGCCGAAGGAGCGCACGUUCCUGGCCAUCAAGCCGGACGGCUUCCAGCGCCGCCUGGUCGGGGACAUCCUCCGGCGCUUCGAGAACAAAGGCUUCAGGCUCGUCGGACUCAAGCUGGUGCAGGCCUCCGAGGACCUGCUGAAGGAACACUACGCCGCCCUGCGGGACCGCCCCUUCUACCACCGCCUCAUCCACUACAUGAGCUCGGGGCCCGUCGUUGCCAUGGUGUGGCAGGGGCCGGACGUGGUCCGCUCGUGCCGGGCGCUCAUUGGGGCCACCGACCCUGCCGAAUCCCCGCCCGGCACCAUCCGAGGGGACUACUCGAUUGAAGCGGGCAGGAACCUGAUCCACGGCAGCGACUCGGUGGAGAGCGCCCGCCGGGAGAUCGGCCUGUGGUUCCGGCCGAAGGAGCUGCUGUGCUGGGAGGACAGUGCGGAGCACUGGCUGUACGAGUAGCGCGGGCCGGGCCGAGCCCCCGGCCGGUCCCGGCCUGUGAUGGGGAGGGUCGCCUCCCGCCCAGCGCUGUUGUUUCCUUCUCUGGGAUCGGGCUGAAGCUAGAGCCCAGGCUGGCGGAGGGAGGAGGGUCACGGGGGUCCGGUCUGGUCUCCGCCGUCCCCCCAUCCGGCUACUUAGUCUGCCGGCACCCGCCGCCGGUAGCACGGGCUAAGGCCGACCCAAGUCUUCCCCUCUCCCCCUCCCUCUGGAGCCGAGCGUCUCGGCGGGGCGGGGGGACGGACGGACGUGACGCCAACCGAUCCGGCCCCCUGAGCGCAAUAGAAAGGUCCAACGGGAACACCCGCCGCCCAGCAGGAUGGGCCUUGGCUGUGUUUUGAUAAUAAAACUGUGGGAAAACCAGUUUUGGCGGGGCCGCUCUUUUCCUCCCAUAAUGGGGCCGGCUGCCUCACUCCGCACCCCGGAACCUUUUCCAGAGCGGUCCAGGCUUCGUCCGAGGCCCCGGCCGGAGGGGAGGAGAGGGGAGGGGACGGGGACGGGCCGGUCCCCUCGGGAGCAGGUGCGCCCACCCGGCCGCUCCGUCCUUGCCCAGGCAGGCUGACCUUCCCACACCCACUCAGGAUGGUAACGCGUUUAUUGCGUACAGAACAGGUACAUGGUUGU